AUGGCCUCCAGCUCCAGCAGCGCCUCCCAGCUCCGGGAGCAGGGGCUGGGCAGGCUGCACUGCGCGGCCGCCCGCGGUGACCUGGGUUGGCUGAGGCGCUGGCGCUGGUACGUCAAGGUAGUCGGCAUCGACAGGCCAGACCAGGAGAUGCGGACACCUCUGCAUCUGGCUUCAGCCAAUGGCCAUGCAGAUGUCGUUAGAUAUCUGCUAAGAAAGAACAGCCAGCCCAACCUCGCUGACAGCUUCAAGAGAACGGCCCUGAUGAAGGCAGUCCAGCAGGAGCAGGAAGAAUGUGUUGCUGUUCUGCUGGAACACGGUGCCGACCCCAAUCUGGCAGACGCUGACGGCAACACUGCCCUUCACCUGGCUGUGCUCUCUAAAAACACAGCUGUAGCAGGGCUGCUACUGGAGCAUCAUGCCAAGAGUGAUGCUCAGAACCAGUGGGGAUUUACCCCCUUGAAACUUGCAGCCUUGCAACAGCACGAGGAGAUUCUGGAGUGCCUUGUGAACAAAGCAGCUGACAGGCCUGCUCAAGCCCAGGGGGAAAGGAGUGCUCUUGUGGUUCCUGGAAGCCAUGAGGCUCACCUGGAGGAAGAUAAUCUGCGUUUGCAGGAGGAGCUGGACAGGGCUGAUGCGGAGCUACAGGAGGAGGAAGAAAAGCAUAUUCAGUCUGAGCAUUGUGUUCCUGACUUGAAGAGUGCCUUGGAUGCCAAGAAAAGAGAGGCCAUAACUUCCUCCCAGAAACUGCAGGACCUCCUGGAAGAAGACGCGCAAGACUUUGCAAGUGAGAACAGCAGAUUGGAAGCCACUGUCCAGCAGCCAAGCGAGAGCGUUGAAGCCCUUGCGAGAGCCCUGCAAGCCUCUGCCUCAGGUGGUGAACUUUCCCAGCAGCUGGACAUGGAGCCUGGAACAGGCAUGCAGCUCGAGGCCCUAAACCAGGCUUUGCAAGAAGAGCUGUCCACUCUGCUUGGGAAGUGUGAACAACUGGAGAAGAGCAAAUGUCAGCUGCAAGAAGAGGUGACAAAACACCACCAUCAUUUGGAGACUUUGGUGCUGGAUGGCAGCCAAAGAGAACAAUGUACAAGAGAGGUGGCAGAAGGAGCUGACCAGGAAAGAAGUCCAAAGCUACAAGAGGUCAGCCUCGUUUUGCAAGCACAGGCAGCCCACCAGGCCCCACUAGGACAAACCAGAGACAGUCAUUGUGAUUUCGUGAGAAUCCAGUUGGAAGAAAGAAUUAGAAAUCUGGAAAGUGAAUUGGAGAGGGUCAAAAACACCCAACAAGAGAGUGCUUCUUGUAAGGAACCAACACAGGGAGAAGUAGGGAUGUACAAAGAGCUGUAUCUGGAGGAAGUGAAAACCAGAAGAUGCCUUGCCAAGAAACUGGAAAGGCUGGAAAAGCUUCUGAGGAUAGAGAGCAGGAAACUCCGGGUUAAUGAAGAGAAAGAAAGUCAGUCCCAGCUGGAAGAAAUGAAGAAGAGAUAUUCUGAAAAGGUCAAGGAAGUUGAUAGAUUCCAAAGAGAGGUUGCUGAACUUUCCCAGCAGUUGGACAGGGAACGUGAACAGUGCACGCAGCUGGAGGCCAAAAAUCAGGCUUUGCAAGAAGAGCUGUCUGCCCUGCGUGGGGAGUGCGAGAACCUGGCCCUGGACAAAUGCCAGCUGCAAGAAGAGCUGGCAAAACUCCACCAUCAUUUGGAGACCAACGUGGUGGAUCGCAGCCAACUCGAACAGUGCAAAAGAGAGGUGGAAGAACAAGCAGACCAGGAAAUAAGACAAAAACUCCAAGAAGUCAAUGAGUUUUUGCAAGCACAGGCAGCCCACCAGGACACCUUAGAAGAAAUCAGAAGCAGUCAUGUGGAGUCACUGAAAAAACAGUUAGAAGACAGAAUUAGAGAUCUGGAACGUGCACUGGGAAGGACAAAAAGCAACCAAGCAGAAAGACCUUUUCAAAAGGAAUCCACCCAGGCAGAAGUGGACAAGUACAAAGAGCUGUAUCUGGUGGAAGCCCAAAGAAGAAAAAGCCUCACCAAGAAACUGGAAAGAGCUACUGAGAGACUUGCAGUGGCCAACACCAAGCUCUUUUUGGAGCGCCACAGAAGCAGAUCUGUGGUCCCAAGCAGCGCUGUCAGCGGACUUCUGGCUGCAAGUCCACUUCUGGAUUCACCUGGCCUGGGACAUGUUGGCAUCAGUUUGGGACUGAGCAGAAGUCUGGCUCUCAGAACACCACCCAGACACCUGUGGUAAAGCCCAAGACUUCUGCUCAUCAGGACAUCCUGUGAGGGACCGUUCAGAUGGAUGGAACAAAUUGCUUCCUUUCCUUAAUUUCGACACCCAUGGCCUAGUAGCCAAUUUCCUUAAUGGUGGCCUUCAAGGUUUGGUAGCAAAGACUCCAAGAUCAGCUCUAACCCAUCCCUACAUUGCUCAGCGACAAUGAUCCUAGUGGUGAAGGCAGCGAAAAUGCUACUUAAAAUUGGAGAGGUGGUGCUGCAUUGGUCCCCUUGUUGUACGAAAGGAAUCGCUGGAGCUUUGGGGACAAGAAGUGCCAACGGCCACGACAACUGUACACAGGCAACAGUAUCGGACGAACCGAGAUGCUGUGACCCCCAUCCAUAAGAUGAUCUGGAAGUUGGAGAGCCAAGGGGUGGUCAGCAGAACACACUCACCCUUCAACAGCCCCGUCUGGCCUGUAAGUCCGAUGGAGAGUGGAGACUGACUGUGGACUAUUGUGGCUUAAAUGAAGUCACGCCGCCAUUGAGUGCCGCUGUGCCAGACAUGUUGGAGCUCCAGGACGAGCUGGAGUCCAAAACAGCAAAGUGGUACGUCACCAUCGACAUUGCCAACGCGUUUUUCUCCAUUCCCUCAGCAGCAGAGUGCAGGCCACAGUUUGCUUUCACCUGGAGGGGCGUUCAGUACACCUGGAAUCGACUGCCCCAGUGUGGAAGCACAGUCCAACCAUCUGCCAUGGACUGAUUCAGGCCACACUAGAGAAGGAUGAGGCUCUAGAACACAUCCAGUACAUCGAUGACAUCAUUGUGUGGGGGGACACAGCAGAAGAAGUUUUCGAGAAAGGACAGAAGAUCAUCCAGAUUCUCCUCAGGGCUGGUUUUGCCAUCAAGAAGAGUAAGGUCAAGGGCCCUGCCCAAGAGAUCCAGUUCCUAGGGCUGAAAUGGCAAAUGGACGACACCAGAUACCAACAGACGUCCUCCACAAGAUUGUAGCAAUGGCUCCACCCACAAACAAGAAAGAAACCCAAGCUUUUCUGGGAGCCAUUGGCUUCUGGAGGAUGCACAUCCCAGAGUACAGCCAGAUGGUGAGCCCUCUUUACUUUGUG